GAGGAGGCGCGCCCGUGCUUCUGAGCAUCGUUUGGAGAAGAGGAGAGGAGAUAUAGAGACAGAGAGCUGUACCACACCAAGUGUCCGCCGAAUGUUUGCCUCUUCCCGCUGCCAAUGAACAAUCCUCGCAUUCCUAUGUGUGCCAGUUGACAUCCUGAACGCGAAGGACCAGGCUUCCACCUCUGCAAGGAUUCAGGACUCCUAUAAGCGGGUUGCGCGUUUUUUCAGGAGCACCUGACAUUUCCUGUGGCAGAUUUACUUACUGGAUCAUGGCACAGACCAACAGUGGUGGGCAGGGGACCAACGGGGUAGCGGAUGAGUCCCCCAACAUGAUAGUGUACAGAAAGAUGGAGGAAGUAAUAGCACGCAUGCAGGACGAGAAAAAUGGCAUCCCCAUCCGAACAGUGAAAAGUUUUCUAACCAAGAUCCCCAGUGUUUUUUCAGGUUCUGAUAUUGUACAGUGGAUGAUCAAGAACCUGGACAUUGAAGAUCAAGUGGAGGCUCUUCACCUAGGAACUCUGAUGGCUGCACAUGGUUACUUCUUCCCCAUCUCAGACCACGUUCUCACUCUCAAAGACGAUGGCACUUUCUAUAGGUUUCAGACUCCAUACUUUUGGCCAUCAAACUGCUGGGAACCAGAAAACACAGACUAUGCUGUUUACCUCUGCAAAAGAACAAUGCAAAAUAAAGCACGUCUGGAGCUUGCAGACUAUGAAGCGGAGAGCUUAGCAAGGCUACAGAGAGCUUUCGCCAGGAAAUGGGAGUUCAUUUUUAUGCAAGCAGAAGCACAAGCAAAAGUGGAUAAGAAAAGAGACAAAAUUGAGAGGAAAAUUCUCGACAGUCAGGAAAGAGCAUUCUGGGACGUGCACAGACCAGUGCCUGGAUGUGUGAAUACAACGGAAGUUGACAUAAAGAAAUCGUCCAGAAUGAAAAACCCCCACAAAACCAGAAAGUCUGUGUACGGGCUGCAGAAUGAUAUCCGUACCCACAGCCCGACUCACACCCCCGCCCCAGAGGCCAAGCAGCCUACAGAAGAAGAACUGCAGGAACAGAUCGCCUUUUGGCAAUUGCAAUUAGACAGGCAUCGACUGAAAAUGUCCAAAGUGGCAGAGAGUUUACUGGGCUACACAGAGCAGUACGUCGAAUACGACCCCUUCCUCACGCCUCCAGAUCCAUCCAACCCCUGGAUCUCAGAUGACACCACACUUUGGGAGCUUGAAGCCAGUAAGGAGCCAGGCCAGCAGAGGGUAAAGAGGUGGGCUUUCGGCAUCGAUGAGGUUUUCAAAGAUCCGGUGGGGAGAGAGCAGUUCCUCAAGUUCCUGGAGUCUGAGUUCAGCUCAGAGAAUCUCAGGUUCUGGCUAGCGGUCCAGGAACUAAAGAAGCGUCCCAUCAGAGAAGUUCCAACCCGGGUUCAGGAGAUCUGGCAGGAGUUUCUGGCCCCCGGAGCGCCCAGCGCCAUCAACGUGGACUCCAAGAGCUACGACAAAACCACCCAGAAUGUCAAAGAUCCUGGUCGCUACGCUUUUGAGGAUGCACAGGAACACAUCUACAAGUUGAUGAAGAGUGAUUCUUACAGCCGUUUCAUCCGCUCCAGUGCCUACCAGGAGUUAUUACAGGCCAAGAAGAAGAAAAGUAAGAAUUUGUUCUGAUGGCUCUUGCUUCCAGGGGAAACCACUAGCAUCCAAGAGGCUGACCAGUCAUGUGCCAUCAUGCUAAAAUCAAUGCCAUCUCUCUUUCUCUCUCUGGGACAUGGAGAGGGAGGGGACCAUCUCAUCUCUUCGUCAUCAUUGUCUGUCCAUCCGCUCUUGGCUCAGCCGGGCGAUGAGCCGGACCGUCUGUUCGUCUGUUGUCCACCGGAUGUUGCAUGUCCAUGGAGAGGAUGUUCCUUCUUCUCUCUCCUCUUACAGUACCUGAUAUAUUUCCAGUAUUCUCAGACAAGAGAGGCACUGCUGGACUCGUGAGGACACUGACAGACUGGACGAAAUGAAAAAUGUCAUUGAUGGAAAUUAAAUCCAGUGUUCAAGUUCUUACCAUCGUAACUGCUGGGAUUGGAGCCCCCUCUCUCACUUCCAGCGGAAACAAAUGAUGUCAGAGAAAAAAAUAAAAAUUAAAAAAAAAAAAAAAAAACACAUAGAAAAAAAUAUAUAAUGACAGCUUAAACGGAUAACUCUAACCAAUGUCAUCGCUUUACAUGAUCUGAGGUCACAGAUACUUUGUCAUGCUAUGGGAAGUGUUGUGCAGAAUGAAUAUACAAUAUAUAUACAUAUAUAUAUUAUUAUUAUUAUGAUUAUUUAUUGUGCAUUUAUUUUGCUUUGCAUUAUUUUAUUGCACUACAAUAAUUAGCACAUAUGGUUUUCAUUGCACUUGUAAAGUCACAUUCAAAUCUACAAAAAUGCUGUCUCCUGUCUUAUGUAGAACAUAAUUCUUUGUUAUUCUCUCCUGCAUUUAUUUUUAUACCAUAUUUAAAGACACUUUUACUUACUUGUAUUAUUAAAGUUGGCCCUCUAUCUGUUACGUUGGCUGGGUCUGGAUUUUUUCUAACCUUCUGAACACACAGUGCCGCUUUAGCAAUGAAGACUAGUGUAGGAUUCAUUCUGCAGGGUUUAAAGAAUCAGGUAACAGUGGUUGAAUAAUGCACUUUUGCUUUCUGCCACUAGAGGGUGUUAAAUUAUUUCCUACAGCAGGGAUCUGCCUCCUUUCAGCAACCAGCUCGACACAGAUCAGCAAAA